GUACUCCCAACAAAAAGCUUCAUCACAACCAACCGCUCCCCUGUGCUGCCCCAAUUUCUUCUGCAGAAAAAAGGAAGAUUUCAGUUUCUUCUUUUUCUGUUUAUCGUUUUGCUCUUUUCCUGCCUUUAUAAUUCUUUUCAUAUAUAUAUAUAGUAAUAUUAUACAGUACCCUCGCUGAACCUUGACUUUGUUUUAUUUAUUUAUUUAUUUAAGUUUCAACCCUCCUCUGUUUUGCUCUGAUUCAGAAGCCGGAUUGGUGUUCUGUGUUUUUUAGGGUGAAUUUGAGACAAGGGGAAAUGGGGUUUGUGGGGAGGUGUGGGAAGAAGCAAUAUUGGAGGAGUUUGUUUUGGAGAAUGAAGGCUGCAGUGAAGAAGGUUGUGAAGGAUGGGGGUGCGGGGAAAAGGCAGUUGAAGUUUCAGUAUGAUCCUUCCAGCUAUGCUCUCAAUUUUGACGAUGGGUGUUACAGUCUUGGUGGAAGAGGGAAUGGAAAUCCAAUCAAAGAUGCUGGGUUUCAGGAUUGUUCAGCAGAUAGCAAGAGCACAAGUGCUACUACUACCAUCUGGGUUUAUGUUCUUUGGGUGAAAUCUUAAGUAAAGUUUGUUUCUUCUGUUCUGAAGAGGGUGAGUCAAGCCAUCAAGGUAGCUCCUUUUUGGGUCUGGCUUCACUUGGUAGACAGAAUAGUAUGAGGAGAGAGAGAGAGAGAGAGAGAAUUUCUCCAUUGAUAAUGUUACAUUUUCAAUUCUUGAUGUUCCAUUUCUGUGUUUGUUUUUGAACAUUCGUACUGUAAAUACUGUC